CUCCUCCCCCCUUUGGGUGUGGAUAGCCGUUUGGGAGGAAGCGGGCCGCUCUGUCAAUUAGACAGUAGCUGGGGGAAGCAGAGGAGCGUUUGGUAGCCGUGGGUACUCCUCGCUACAGAGAAACAGCUGUGAGUGUGAGCGGAUCAGACAUCUUCUAUUCCUGAUGAAGAACUUCCAGGCGGCACACAACAACCGAAUUGAGUCAUCUGUGUUCUAAACCAGGUGUCAGCAUUCACACUCAAUCCAGUGCCUACAUGACAACCUCCUCUGUGUGUCUGAAUAAGACAGCAUUGUGAUAGAAAAAACGCAUGUGACUUCAUCACACUGCGUGAGAACCGAAGACAACAGAGGCUACUGCUGCUGACCAUCCCCGAGAGGCUGUCUCGAUCCUCCAUCCGCUCUCCCUGAGGACUGUUCUAUGAGGAGCCAGGGAGGUGGGGGCCACUGCUAAGCCAGAGCCAUGGGCCCUUUGGGGGUGCUGCUAUUGCUGGGGGCCUUCCACUGGACCCAGGCAUCUCUGGUGAAGGUCAAUAAGGGACUGAGAGUGAAGAGGGGCCAGUCAGCCUACCUGCAGGAGGGGGACCUGCAGUUCAACAUCCCCCGGGAGAAGGACGCCUGCAAGGUGGAGGUCGUCCUCAACGAGCCAAUCACACAGCGGGUGGGGACCCUGACCCCUCAGGUGUUUGACUGCCACUUCCUGACUGAUGAAGUAAAAUACGUCCAUAAUGGUUGCCCAAUUCUACGGAAGGAUACAGUCAUGCUUCGACUAUAUAGGUUCACAGACACGGACACAUACACAGAGGUUUUCUACCUGAACGUGAAGAUUCUGGAGCCUGACUGCAAUGUCAUUAAGUUGGGGCCCAGGACUCUGGCGGUGCCCGAGUUCUACGGGCUGUCGGACGUCCUUGACGGGAACGUACUGUCCUUCCACUACGAGCACAGGCCCAACCUGGAAUGCACUGUCCGAGUGUCCACUCAGGAAACACAUCUCCCCGCCCACGGGCAACUGGUCAUCGGGGAGCUUGAGAAGCUGGAGCCCAGAGGAGAUGAACCCCACAGCUUCAUUCCCAUUCGCCAGCAAUUACUGAACAUGGCCAGGGCAAAGUGUACAAAUGAGGCUUGUCGGAAGGGAAUGAAACUUGUGCAAACCACCAAGGUGCCCUGUGAUGAAUUCCUGGUGAUGGGCCUGAGGUACCAGCACACUGACCCCCCCUCGCCUGAUAUUGAUUACAUCGCUAUAAGACUGGACCUCACUGACACCAGGAGCAGGACCAUUUACAAGUCUGAGCGAGCCUGGAUUCCAGUGUCAAUCAAGAACGCCAUCCCGAACCAGCCGCCCAGGCCGGCUUUCAUGUCCAUGUUCAUCUUGGAGGUGGACCAGUUCAUCCUCACGCCCCUCACAACGGCGUCCCUGGAUGCCGAGGACAGCGAGACGCCCAAAUCCCUGCUGGUGUUUAACAUCAGCAAGCCCCCUAAGGAGGGCUUCAUCACUCACCUGUCUGACCAUACCAGACCCAUCACGUCUUUCACCUGGGGGGACCUGCAUGACAUGCUCAUCGCCUACCAGCCCCCCAACUCCAGCCAUACCCAGCGCAGGAAUUAUGAGGUGGAUUUUGAAGUCCAUGACUUCUUCUUUGAAAGAAGCUCUCGAAUCACAGUCCAUGUGUCAGUCAGAACUGCAGAUACCAACGCACCCAGGGUGUCAUGGAACAUGGGCAUCAGUCUUCUGGAGGGUCAAUCUCGUCCAAUCACGUGGGAGCAGCUGCAGAUUGUAGACAAUGACAACCUAAAAGCUGUGCGCCUCAUCACAGUGGAUGGGCUUCAGCAUGGAAGACUAACUGUAAAUGGUGGAAAAGGCUUCAUGUUCAGCGUCAGUGACAUCAAAGCAGGCGUGGUGUGCUAUCACCAUGACGACAGCGACACCACCAAAGACUAUGUGGUCUUCAGGAUCACCGACGGCCGCCACCAAACCCGGCAUAAGUUCCCCAUCAAUAUCCUUCCCAAAGAUGACAGUCCACCCUUCCUCAUCACCAACAUGGUGCUGGAGCUGUCAGAGGGGCAGACUGCACUCCUGAGGGGAUCUAUUCUGCAGGCCUCGGACAUGGACUCCAGUGAUGAUUACAUCCUGUUCAACGUCACACGCCCACCCCAGGCCGGAGAACUCAUGAAGAUACCAGGACCUGGACUCACUGGUUAUCCGGUCACCCGAUUCUUACAGAGAGACCUCUUCCACUCAGUCAUUUUUUACCGCCAUCUGGGGAAUGAGGUGUUCGAUGAUUCUUUUGAAGUUGUGCUCUCAGACUUCCAUGACCCACCCAACCUCUCAGAGCCUCAGGUUAUCGUUGUCAAUAUAAUCCCUGUGCAUGAUCAACUGCCAAGGGAGGCCCCAGGGGCAACUCGGCAUCUGGUCGUCAAGGAGACAGAGGUGAUCCACCUAACUAAGAAGCAGCUUCACUUUAUUGAUCCAGAAUCCCCUGACAGUGAGCUGACCUACACGGUUACCACAACCCCCUUCUACAGCCACAAUUAUGGGAGACAUGAUGCAGGAAGGUUAUUCCUAGUUGACAGCAUUCCCAAAUUAACCAAGGAUCCCAACGCACCAGUGCUAAGGCUCUUCACACAGCAUGCUGUGAAUUACAUGAAGGUGGCCUACAUGCCCCCCAUUCUGGACAUAGGUCCUUACCCCCAGCACAUCCAGCUUGUGUUGUCCAUCACCAACCAGCAAGGCAGCACCAUCACGGGAAUUUGCUUCAACAUCACAGUGCUGCCUGUGGACAACCAGCCCCCAGAGGUUUACACUAACCAGCUGACGGUGGAGGAGGGAGGAGACUGUGAGGUGGGGUUGGACCAUCUGCUCCUCACAGACCAAGACUCUAUGGAAGAUGCACUGCGGGUGGAGCUCAAGAGGGAGCCCCAUCAUGGACACGUUGAGCUGGAUGGCUUCCCCAUGAAACCAGGACAGGUUUUCACUGUGAAGGACCUGAAAAGCCUAAAAGUUAGAUAUCACCAUGACAGCACUGAAACAGUGCAGGAUGACAUUGUUUUCAUUGCCACUGAUGGAAUCAAUGCAGCAGACUUUGUUUUGCAAGUGAAGGUGAUACUGGUCAAUGACGAGAUCCCAAUUAUGAUGCCGGGUUUGAAACCCAUGCUUGACUGUGCCGAAGGCCAAGAGGUGGUCAUCACCACAGAGUACCUCUACGCCACAGACAACGACAGCGAUGACAGCAGGCUCUACUACAUGAUUGCUCGGCAGCCCUAUCAUGGAGUAGUGUGUAGGAGUGGCUUUGUGGUGGAUCGGUUCAUUCAGGCCGACAUAAUUGCAGGGAUUAUCACUUACAAGCACACAGGGGGCGAGAUUGGACGAUCUCCUCGUUAUGACGUCAUCACGUUUGUUAUUUCGGAUGGAGAAUCAGAGACCCUCCCAUCUUGCUGCCUUAACGAAGGACUCUCAUCUCCCAGGCACACCAACAGGCUUCAGCAGACCCUCCCCGUCUAUGACCUCAACAUCACUGUCUUUCCAGUCGACAGCCAGCCUCCAUCCAUUGUCAUUGGAGAUGUGUUUGUGGUGGAUGAAGGAGGUUCUGCCACCAUCACUGUGACCCACCUCAGGACCUCUGACAUGGAUACACCCCUGGAGGAGCUGGAGUUGAUCCUGGUGUCUCCUCCGCAGUUUGGAUACAUUGAGAACAUCUUGCCCAGCCCUGGGUUUGAGAAAAGCAACAUGGGAAUCAGCAUAGGGUCCUUCUCCUAUAAGGAUGUGAUGAAUGGGCAUAUUAACUACGUGCAAUCUAGACACCAGAGAAUCGAACCCACUGAGGACCAGUUCAUGCUCUAUGUGUCUGAUGGCAAGCGCCGUUCUUUGGAUACACCCUUCUACAUCAUCAUCAGCCCCAUCAAUGAUGAGAUUCCUGAGCUGCUUGCCAGAAACAUCACUGUACGUGAAGGAGACAUGAAGGAGCUGGACCCUACUAUACUCAACGCAGUGGACCUGGACAUUCCUCACAAUGACCUGGUGUUCAGCGUCAUCCAGCAGCCCCAGCACGGCGCGAUCAUGGGAAGGCUCUACGGGAACGACGUCACGCGCUACAAGAGACUCGUUCGCGAGGGGCACGCGUCAGAGGUGGCGGUGCAGGACUUCACACUGGAGGAGCUGAAGAAUGGAAUGACUGUGAUGUACAUGCACGAUGAUUCAGAGAGCAGGCAGGAUGGCUUCACCAUUGAGCUAACCGACGGCAAACACCAGCUCCAAAAACACGUCACAGUCAAGGUUGUGCCAGUCAAUGACGAGACUCCUGGUGUGAUCAGGAACAAUGGGAUAGAGGUAGAAAUGGGAGAGUCCCGGCUGAUCUCCGGUGCUGUCCUCUCCGCAGAGGACCGCGACACAUCUGCUGAGCACGUGCUCUACAUACUUGAGAGUGUUCCCAAUCAGGGACUACUGCAGAUUAAGGUAGACUUGGACUGGGUUCCCCUCUCAGUGGGGAUGAACUGUUCCCAGGAGACAGUGGACAUGAACCUGCUUAGAUACCUCCACACUGGAUCAGCUGGCUCCCAGGGACAAGACUUCUUUGUGUUCCACCUGGAGGACGGGAGCAACCGUUCCCCUGCUCAGCACUUCUACAUCACUGUGAAGGACAUGGAGAAGGGGGAGAUUGCUGUCUUCGUCAAGCCUGUGAAGGCCAAUCGGGGCGAGCGCGUGGUGUUGACCACGGAUGCCCUGCUGGCCGUGGACAGGACGGACAAGCCGGAGGAGCUCAUCUACACCGUCACUGCCCCUCCCUCCCAUGGCCAUGUCGAAUACAUCAAACACCCCGGCGUGCCCAUCAACACUUUCAGCCAGAUGGAUGUGGCUGCCAACCUGGUGUGCUACGUCCAUGACAACAGGGGCACGUCUCCCAGGGAGACAAUCCGGUUCAUUGUCAGCAACGGCCAGUCCACCCGCAACGGCACCCUGGAGAUUGCCGUGGAGAUGACGGACAGGGUGCCGCCAUCACUGUCACAGAACGCCGGUCUGCGAGUGCUCCAGGGCUCCACCAUGGCUCUGUCCUCCGAUGACCUUAGUCUGUAUGACCCUGACACCCCUCCUACCAGCCUCUUCUUCCUUCUGGCGCAAUCGCCGCAGUACGGCCAGCUCCUCCUAAAGGGAGCACCACUUGGCGGGGGAAAUUUCACCCAGCAGCACCUUCUAGACUUGGACCUGGCCUAUCGGCAUGCGGGUGGCCCCUCCCAGAUCGACCGCUUCAGCUUCACCGCCACUGAUGGCACCAAUCAGGGCUUCCUGGUGGAGGGGAGGGUCCAGACUGAGCCCGUCAUCUUCACCAUCCAGAUGGAGGCCCUAGACCGCUCCACUCCCAGGGUGGUGCAGCUGCAGAGCGUGCGGAAGGUGGAGCUGCUGAAGGACGGGCGAUACGGCAUGUUCGUCUCCUCCCGGGAGCUGAAGGCCCAGGACACUGACACCAGCGACGAGGAGAUCACCUUCCACAUCCUCCGACCACCCUACUUUGGCUACCUGGAGAACGCCACCACAGGCCAGUUUGUGAAUCAGCGUUUCACCCAGAGGGACCUGAACAGAAGGACCCUCCUCUACAUCAUCAGCUCUGUGCUGGAGGCCCUAUCUGACAGCGUGGAGCUCCAGGUCUCCGACCCGCAGGGCAAUGCCGGGGCCUCCCACACGCUGGAGUUUGCGUGGUCCCGUGUGGAGCUGGCUCAGUCCGAGCUCACCGCAUGCGAGGACCAGGGCAUGCUCUCGCUCACCGUCCUGAGGAAGGGUAACGCCGCGGAGUCGUCUUACGUGUCCGUCAAGGUGAAAGAGGUCACUGCUACCUCUGGGAAGGAUUUCACUCUCAGCCCAUCCACACUGAUCCAGUUUGAUCCCGGCGUGAACAGCAGGAGCUGGAGGAUCAAGAUCACCCAGGACCAGCUGGAGGAGGCAGAGGAGAGGUUUGAGGUGACCCUCACCUCCCCUGUCAGCACUGUGUUGGGCAGUGUCACCAAAGCGCUGGUGAAAAUCAUAGACGCAGGGAAAGGACAUUGUGGCAGUGGCACUACGCUUGAAGGGCCCAAUCUGCAAGGACAGUUGGUCCCCCAGGGGUCCCCGCCUCGCCACGGGGCCAUCCAGGUGGAGUCCCUCCCCCUCACCCAGCAGGACUCAGGAGGCUGGGCACGGGGAGACAAUGUGGCCCCAUUUGAGCCCCCUCCAUCCAAAAAGAGGCUGAGAACCAAUGGGAAUGGAAUGACAGUCCAACCCUCUUCUGUGCAUAAAAAUGGAUCAGACUUGGUGUUCACGUACCACGGGAUCAUGUCGAUGCGUGUGGAGGAUGACAGCUCUCCUUCCAGAAAGGGGAGGAAAGCCAAAGUGCUGGUGACCAGCAGGGGGCAGCAGACACCAACAGCUGUUUCUCCAGGGAAGAAAGCUAUACAGGCCCCAGACAUCAGCACGGUCCAGCACACUGCACAGGGCCCCGCUGGAGGCUCUUCUCCCAAAGCCUGUGCCCCUGCGCUAAUGGGGCUCCUCCACUUCAGCCAGAGCUCCAGCCAGCUCCUCCGCUGUGACGGCGUCUCCUGGAGACCCUGGGCGCUUACUGAUGAGAUGGUCGGUGCUCAGAAGUGCCCGGUGGGAUGGACCUAUCACGGAGACCGCUGCUACUUCUUGGCCACAGAGCAGAAGGCUACGUGGAGCGCGGCCACCAGAGCAUGCAGAGAGAAUCACAAUGGCAACCUUGUCAGCAUUCUUUCAAAGACAGACAUGGACUGGUUGUGGGACUUCAGUGGCCGGAAGCCGUUCUGGAUAGGCUUGAAUGACCGGGAGAACAGGGGGCGCUGGGAGUGGGUUGGGGGGGAGCCGGUCAGCUACACCAACUGGAGGAAGAGCCUCUCGCAGGUGAAGAGGAACGGGGCAAAGAACUGCGUCCUCGUGCGGAGGAGGGCCAAGUGGCAAAUCCAAGACUGCAAGAAGGGGAAGAGACAUCGUUACGUGUGUUACCUCAAAGCAUGAGCACCACAAAAACUGUGCGCCCGCACAUACACAUCUGGCUUACAGCCUUACCAAAAAUGCAGAUGCUAUAUGCAAAACGUGUCAUAUAUGCAAUGGUGACCAUCACGUCACACCAGUGUAAAUGUUACAAUUCCUUGGGCCUACACAGGCAAGCUAUAGAAUAAACAUUACUGCUCAUCAGCAGACAAAUGAUUAAGCACAAAUCAAAAAUCAAUGCAACUGAAAACUUGCUUUAUGUACACUGUUCAUCUAAUUUACAUAGUCAUUCACUGAGAUGAGCUAUUCUAAUUUAUGUUAUUUGUAAUGUAUGAACCAUUUUAAAUGUGUAAAUUCCUUUUUCACAAUUUUAAAAGAUAUUUAUUUUUUAUGAAUUAGUGGAUCACGAAAAGUAUUUACCUUGCAAGACACUGGGGCGUUCACUGCCUGGACACAGACUCAUUCAGCAGUAGCUUCUUUCUUUAAAAUAAUGGUAAUGAUACAGUACAGCAUAACUUGUAGUGACUAUACAUCUCAAUGGCAGCAGGCACAGGACAGAUCUGAGUAGAGCUCUGCCCUGGCCAGUACACAUCUCAUAUUUAAAACGGCUACUAGCAAGCUUAAUAGUUUAGUUCCCUGUUUCACCCCAGUCAUAAGCCACGUAGACAAUCUUGUCUCUCCCUAGUAGAAAUGCUAAUGUCACAGAAGAGCAGAGAUCAACUCUGCAGUAAUUUUGGCCUGUUGUUGUAACUGUGAAACUCCCUGGUGCUAACUGAAAAAAAUUAUAGGAGUGAUGCAGUGUCCUUUCUGAAGGUGGAACACUUCACUAAGAACCACCUGCAUUUAACACAUCCUCAUACGGUGUGUAUUUUAUAUGGGGUCUUCUCUCUCAUUCAAUGUAUUAUCAAAUUGUACUGUAAACAUUGUAUCCAAUUGAAUGUAUCACUUGUGUUUUAUAUUUUCUGCCAAUACGUUUUUCCAAAGUAAACAUAAAUGCCUAAAUGGGAA